UCAAACACUUGUACAAAAUUCUAUGAUCAGCUACUGCCUUACAUAGCAUUCUUCGUCUCUCUCCAAGUAAAUACAAUCAGAAAACAUGAUGAAGCAACAUCUAAUCAUCUAUUUCAGCUUUCUGGUUCUCCUCCUCAACAAUUGUUCUACAACUAGUUGGGCUCAGUCUCCAGCUCAAGCCCCAUCCAACAACAGUCUUCAACCACCGGCACUGCCACCAUCCAAACCAGCUGUUCAUCAACCCCCGGUUCAAGCCCCGGCACAAGUGAUUACCCCAGUUCAAGCUCCCUCCGAAGUACCCCUGGUUCAAGCACCACCCCGCAAAGCCAAACCAGAGCCAACCAACGUCACCAAGAUCUUGGACAAGGCCGGUGGCUUCAGCGUCCUCAUCCGCAUCGUCAGAAGCACCCAAGUCAUCAACCAGAUUGAAAACCAGCUCAACACGUCGAACAGUUUGACCAUUUUCGCUCCCACCAACGGAGCCUUCUCCAAUCUUAAACCCGGUACCCUCAACUCUCUGUCCACCGAACUUAAGGUCCAACUAGUACAAUACCACAUCCUUCCUUCUCUCGUUUCUCUCUCAAACUUCCAAACUCUAAGUAACCCCGUCCGUACACAAGCAAGCAACACUGACGAAUUCCCAUUAAACAUUACAACACAAGGCAAUUGGGUAAACAUAUCCACGGGUCUUGUGAACACUUCUAUCUCUAGCACCAUCUACGCGGAUAGUCAGCUCGCUAUUUACAAGGUCGACAAGGUUUUGCUUCCUCUUGGGAUUUUUGCUCCGAAGCCAAAUGAACCGGCACCGGCACCAGUAGUAGCUGGGCAUAAAAAAGGAUCAUUGGAGUCAUCAUCUUCGACGUCGGAGUCGUCAACAUUGAAUGGACCAGCUGCCAUGUUCAGUGCUUCCAGUGCCCAAAGUCUUGCUAAAAUUGGAAUGACUGGACUUGCUUUCCUUUCAGCUGUUUUUUCUGUUUUGACAAUUUGAUUGUUUUGGUUUGUGAUGGAAUAUGCGUUGUGUUGCCUUGUAAUAUGCGUUGUGUUGCCUUGUAGUUUUCGAUUCAAAGAACAUCUGUAUUUUGAGUGAAUGGUUUGCGUAUAGAUAUUUUUUUUGUUUGAGAAUUUUAAGGAAAAAUUAAUAAAUAUUUUAUUUUCCAAAUUCAAAAUUAUUCCCUUCAACU